ACAAAAACAGAUCAGAAACCAUUGCAAGCAUUUUUGAAGAUACACAACUGUUGUCGUCAUGGCAACCGCCCGCCUCCUCUCCAUCCUAAUGAAGGCUUUGUGUGUGUGUGUGCGUGUGAUAAAAGCCCCUAAAAAAGUGGUAAACAACUCCAGGUCAGGCAUCUGGACAAUGCACUGACGUCAGACCUGCUCCGUCAACAUUCACAGUCCACACUGCUGAGAGACAGACAGCAAGAAAAGAGAGAGCAGAAGGGGGGAGGUGUGUGGAUGAAAGAGAGAAAGAGAGAGUGAGAGUUCCUCAUAAGUCGUCAGAAGUGCGAGGGAUCUCAUAACAGAAGAGACAGAGAGAGAUCAGACGAGGCUGCAUCAGCUGAGAGUAUAACACAAGACACAGCAGAGGGUCUGCUCUAGGAGACACAUAGUUUGACAAAUUGAGGAUAUAUCGUUGACCUGACAUGAUGGAAGUGGUCCUGACCAGACUGCGGGACUUCUCCUGCAAGACCUCCACCUUUGAUGAGUGUAAACCAGCAGGACAGAGUGCAUGCAGGGAUCCUCGCAGCAGGACCGGGUGCACAGCUGGAGAAGAAGGUGGAAAACUGGACAUAGAGAGCGCACUGGCCUGGCUGCGAAGGGAACUGAUGGAGAUGCGUUCCCAGGACCAAGCUCUGAUCCGUCAGCUGAUGGAGCUUCACUCCGGCAUCCAGGAGCUCAAGCAGGAGCUGUCUGAGGAGGAACAAGAGGAGGAAACAGACGAGGAGGAAGAGGAGGAGGGCAGCUACUGGGACUCUGAGAGCGAACGAGGAAGCGGCAGCAUCUACUCCGGCUCAGAGGAGGUGGGCUUUUCCAUUUCCUGCCUGAAGACGCCGCCACCCCUUUACUCCUCAAGGGUUUCAUCGAAUAGGGAGUUCAGCAGGAGAAGCUCUGUGCCAUGAAAAUUCAAACUAUUAGAAGAAAUUCAACUCUCUCCUCAACUUCCUCAUAUCCUCAACAAAGACAAGGUGGAGCAAGAUAAAUAGGCUUCAUUUGCAAUUUCCCACCGUAAAUUAACUUCCCUCUCUGUAUUUUGUUUUUUCUAGAGAAGCCCGAUAAGAGGAUGAGUGGAGUUGAGGGGAAAAAAGGAAACGUGUAAAUGGUCUUACUAUGUUGAUGCAAAAGUAAUUUUCAUUUAAAGGUACAGUGUGUAGGAUAUGGCGACAUCUAGCGGUGAGGUUGCAGAUUGCAACCAACUUAAACUUAGGUGAACGGUGGCCGACGCAAAAAUGCGAAUGGCCCUAUCUAGAGCCUGUGUUUGGUUUGUCCGUUCUGGGCUACUGUAGAAACACGGCAGCCGGCUACGUGAAGAGUCGCUCUA